AUGACGGUGCAACAACAGCUGGACGGACUGGGCGAUCACCUGGUAUAUGUGGAAGACGUGCCCGGAUAUCUCCAGACGCAGUCCGGUCGCGGUCUUCAGAAUCUUGCUAAACGCUUCGAGUACCCCGAGUCCCGCAGCACUGAGAAGAACCAACUUCUGAAGACCAACAUCUGGAGAACCGACGUCUAG